CGGACAGCCGACUUGCGGAUGACUCCGUCAGUGGUCCAUAUUAACGACGUCGUUUUCAAAGCACAGUUCUUCGUUUUCGCGAGUUAGGGUUUCUUCGAACCACAUCGGUGUGGCAUCAGAGUCCCAUCUCAUGAAAAUCGUAUCCAAUCCGCCUUUUCGGUCUUCAGAGGAAAGCUAUUUUCAAAUGUAGAAGAGACUUACUCCUAAAGGUAAUGGGAGAUAAAUGGGUAAUAUUUCCUCAAGCUAAGCAGGAGGGUAUCCAUUUUUGAAGGAGAUCUUCUGUGGGAAUCAUUUUUCCUUGAAGGGAUUGGAGCCAAGAGAGAUUGAAUUCUGAAUAUCGUGAGCAACUUCGUUUCCAACUGUAGAGUGACCAAGGAAACGGCUCUUCGUAUGGACUAUAUUGUGGUAAGGGAGAAGAUGAACAUGUACAGAAUGACAACUGAUUGUCAGGCCUUGGGGUAUUCAAUUAUCUUCGGCAUUGUGGUUUCUCUGAGAAUAGAAAUGGAAGCGAAGUUUGAAAAGGUAUUGGAUGCUAAUAGAAGACUUGUGGUCGGCUUGAAGAGGAAGCGGGUGGCUCAGUAUGCAGCAAGCUGGUCCCCCAUGCAUAAAAAUAAGCUCCGCAAGCAGAGAAAAUCAGAUGGGUGCAGAAUGAAUUCUGGGUCAAAUUUUGGAAAAACUUUACUUAAAUAUUAUUCAAAUUUUAUGAAAACUGAAUUGCCACAACGCAUAAUGUUUUAUUUGAAUGGUGAAUGGACUGAUUUCCCUGAAGAUCUUGUUGGCUUGGUGAAGAAAGAUUUUCAGGUAAAGAAGUCAUAUAUUGAGGUUGAGCUCAACAACAAUCACUUUAUGAUAGACUUUUUGCACAUGAAGCGAGUUGAUCUGAAGACAGGUAUGGAGAAACCAAUUGCUUGGAUUGAUGAAGCUGGUAACUGCUUCUUUCCAGAAAUUUUCUCUGGUGAUGCUGAAUCCCAUAACUGCUGUGGACGUGAAUGUGGCCAACAGCUUUUAUUUAGGGAGCCUUAUGGUUCCCAUGAUAUCAAACUGCAACUUGAGAUUGAUGUAAAUGACGUGGGUCACACCAACUUAAAGGAAUGUAGUGGAGAGUCAAAUCCUGUUAUUAAGCAUGUUCUCAUUGAUAAAAAUCCUGCUAGUGAUCAGAAUGACGUAGAAGUUGAGGAUAGUUGCAACAAAACAUCUGAUGCCAAAAUGGAUAAGGCUGUGGGAGAAAAUCAACAGAUGGAGGGAAAAUUAGUCACCAGGAUUGAAUCUGUGCAUGGAACUUUGAAUUUUGAUACUGUGCGGGAUAUGUUUAUUAGCAGCAUGAGCCCAUUUAUUAGUGCAAGUAUACUUGAGGUAUACCAGGGCUCAAGUUCUUCAAUGCAAGCUCGACUAGAGCUCUUUCAGAAGCAGGUUGAGAUCACCAGUAAGUAUCGCACUGAGGCAAAUGUUAGAUAUGCUUGGCUUGCUUCCUCUAAAGAAGCACUGUCUAGUAUCAUGAUGUAUGGGCUUGGGCACUGUCGAACAUCUCAAGAGAAGCUUGCAUAUGGUAUUGGUGUUCAUCUCACAGCUGCGAACUUCCCGUACAUCAGUGCAAAUUAUUGUGAUGUUGACGAAAAUGGUGUACAACACGUCGUAUUAUGUCGUGUUAUACUGGGAAAUAUGGAGCUUGUUCAUCUUGGAUCCAAACAAUGUUACCCCAGUUGUGAGGAUUUUGACAGUGGAGUUGAUGAUCUUCAAAAUCCGAGACAUUAUAUAGUAUGGAAUAUGAAUAUGAACACACACAUCUAUCCAGAAUUUGUUGUUAGUUUCAAGGUUUCUUCUAGUUCCAGUGCCGAAGGAUAUCUAGUUGAAAAUGGGAGAAAAGAUGAUGUUUCAGGGUUUUCUCCUCCUCAAAGGCAGCCCGAAGGCCAGUUGCAGUUAGCCUCACAUCCAGUUGGUUUGGGACCCCACUGCCCUCAAACUCCAGGUUUAGAGGGAUCUCUUGGAAAAGCUGCUACUUUUGGUUCAAGCACUGUAAAGGUUCCCAAAUCCCCUUGGAUGCCUUUCCCUAUGUUGUUUGCAGCUAUCUCAAAGAAGGUUCCUCUGAAAGAUAUGCAACUAGUUAAUGCUCAAUAUGAACAAUUUAGGACGAAAAAGAUAAAUCGGGCUGAUUUUGUUAAAAAGUUGAGAAUGAUAGUUGGAGACACUUUGUUGAGGUCCACAAUAACACAUCUUCAGUGCAAGUGCCAUAUUGAAGCCUUCAUGCUAUGAGUACUAUGGGCACAAUUCCUUCAUAUGAGUUCCAUCAAAAUCUCAGGGUGAUGCAAAAGUGCCAAAGCAGGAGCCUGAAACAUGUGAGGGCCUCUACUGACCACAUUACAUCUCUGCUUUUGGAUAUGGUAUGUUGGUUGGUCUACUGGCCGUGGAGUUACUUACAUUUGAAGACAAGACCAUUAAAUUCUUGUUUUCUAGAAAUGAGCCGACAUAAAUUUGUGAAUAUAAUAGGCCUGGUUCAAGGGUUGUAGGUUUUAUGUUUAUGGAAACUACCACUAGUUUUUUAUUCAGAGUGAAGGUUUAUCUAUGACUUGCUGAACUGGAACAUGGUAACGAGCAUAAUUAGUGGAGCUUCCUUUUGUUGUGGCUGAUUAAUGGAACCAUAUUGGUGUUUGACAAUUGCCAAAGCCUAGAUUAUUUUUAUGCAUUUAUAUAAGGAUUGUACAAUUAUUGAGAUUACCUUCAACUCUAAUCUCCAACUCAUAGUUCUCAUAUCUGAAGGCUAUGAGUACUCUAGAAAAGCUAUUGUUCUUGUUCUGA